AUGCAAGGUACUGGACGCGGUACCAAUACCAAGCGCAAAAGCAAGGCUACCGUCCCAAAACCAUCUCGGGGAUCAGGGCUUAAUCCGUCGGGACAGCCAGCCAACGAUCAGCUCAACAUUCCCUCAGAACGACUACGAAUGCCCGACAAUAUGUUCGAUCCGUAUGAUCGAGGUGGAGGUGGGCAAGGGAGCCAUUCUGGUUCGAUACCGCCACACUUUACCCUUGGGGACGACGGCAACUUUGACAUAGACGCAUUGUAUGGUCAGGCUGGUAGACAGACGCUGACAGACGCUUUGAGGUCAGAUCCCUACACAGAUGCAGACCUGCCCAUGUCGCGAUGGACUGGGCAUGCGCCAGAUCGCGGAAGAGGUGAGAUACCUUCAUCCGAUGUAGUGCAUACUACAGGGCCUGCAAGGACCGUACGACGUGUGACCCGGCAGGUGUCAAUGCCCUCAACACCAUAUGCGGUUCCACGAACUCUGGUGAGUUCUGAUGCGCAAAGCCCUGUCGCCAUCGAAGUGCGCGCUGGGCCUUCUGUGAUGGAGCCGUCGUCGUCGUCACAGCCUCAAGACAUUACGCCUACAAAAGAGGUCCGUCAACAAAUCGUAUGCAAGGCGAAACAUGGGGUUGUUGGUUGGCUUUUCACGAAGUAUGCGAUGUCGCAAACUGCAGCAGAUCGGAAACGCCUCAUCAAGAAAGCCAUUUUAGAUGCAGUCCCAAGAAUUUUCUCGUCGACCGUUUCAUUCAAUUCCCUAGUCACUAAAGAACAAUAUCGUUCUGUAUCCCAAGCACUUACAAAUGCACGCGGCAAAAUUAUCGACAUUGCUCGCAGCGGUGUACCUCAUGCGUACGAGCUAUACCGCCCGAGUGGAUAUACGGAACGGACACCAACUCAAUACCGGGUGCAUAUAGCUACGACACUUACCCGUACAGGCUCGUUGACGGUCAUGCACUCGCAUCAUUUUGAUCCGGAUGGUAACAUACAUGUUCACAGUCAUUUCGACCAUUCGUUCAUCAAGCACGUCGUGAUCCGGUUCAUUUGGUAUCUUCGACACGAAACCUUCCUUGGCGAAUCCCCCCUCACGAAGAUCAACUACAUCAUCGCGAUUGCCGUAGCGGCUGUUUACUGUGUACUGCAGGAACAACGGAUGCCGAUGCCAUCCAUUGAUCCCUUCACAGGUCUGGUCCAUUACAACAAAUUCGUUGAGGUCAUCGCCGUCCUCGAUGGUCUUGAUGGAGAAGAUAAAAAGGCGCUGGAAAGUUUUAAGCUUGAUAUGCUCGAAGUUGGACCAUCGCAGAUGCGCACUAAUAUUGAGGCUGAUGAUGAUGAUGAUUUACUAUACGAGUAG